AUGAUCCAGCCGCUAAAGGUCCGGCGAUCCGACGACAUUAAAGGGGAGGGGACGGGAUGGACGUUGAAACGGACAGGGUGGGUUAAGCGGGGAGUGCAGGGCGCAGAGUCGAUCGGCGACCACAUGCACCGCAUGGCGCUCAUGGCGUUUGUCUUGGCUGGAGUGGAGGGGAUCGAUAGAGAGAGAUGCAUCAAGAUGGCAAUUGUGCAUGACGUGGCAGAAGCAAUUGCAGGGGACAUCACGCCAUCCUGCGGAGUGGGCAAGGAGGAGAAGCACCAAAUGGAAACGGAUGCUCUUGAGAAGAUGUGUGGUGCCCUAGGCCCCAACCGCAAGGCGGCAGCCGAGAUGCGCGCUCUCUGGGAGGAGUAUGAAGCAAACGAGACAAACGAAGCCCGACUGGUGAAGGAUUUUGAUAAGAGUAGGGAAGGACUCGAACCAUAG